GUGAAAUUUUUUCUUAUCAGUGUAUGGAAAUGGAGUGAAUUUGUUUUUAUCUAAUAUUUCAGAUAAAAAAAUAGAUUUUAUCAACAUGAACGGAUUAAUUGUGUUUAAUAGUGCCAACGAUGUUGUUUUUCAACAACUAAAUACCUCAUUGGCUGAGCAUUUCUUCGCAAAAAAUCCCGAUCUAUUUCCGGAGAAUGCAACUGCAGCUUCGAUAGAUGGAAAUAUUAUCCUGCAGAUUUUCAGUCCAAUUAUCAAUUCCCAACGUAUAAUGCAUUGUCAAUUUGACAAUACUUACUCAAGUUUUCAAUGCGAGAAAGGACUGAAUUUUGCUUUUGGUGAUCUAUUGGGAUAUACAUUUGUUAAAAUUGGACAACGUCCAGUAGAGAUACUCAAACGUCAUCUGGGAGUGGCAAUUGCCCUGACUCGUCAUCUAUAUGGUGCAAAUUUAUUUGCUCCAGAAGCUAGCAGCGUGCAGGAAGAACUGCUGUCAACUUGCUUAGAAAGCUAUGAAGAACAUUUGUGGGAUGAGGAACAAACAAUGUUGUUGGAAGCGCUACCACGCUUGCUUGUCAAUAAUGAACUUAGUCGAGUUGUUCACAGCGCACUGGAUGCUGCUUUAGAACGGCUAAGAGAAAUGGGUCAUCAACGCACACACGCACUGGUCUUUGUCACAAAUAAGUUUGUCGCAUCGGGUGCAUCGAAACAAGCGCUCCCUUUAAGUCCAUCUGAUCUGAUAUUUCUAACAUUACUUUCACGUUCUUUACAACGUCAAAACCGCCAACUUAAUCGUUCUGUGGCAGUAUUUUUGCAAGGCGUUUCGCAUGACCCACAAUCCGGUUGUGUACCGUGUAUCGCACACCUGUCGCAACUAUCGAAAGGGGUAUUGUUGAUACAGGUGAUCGAGUAUGCAAAUCUGCAAGUAGCGAGCAGCAUGUAUGAUACUUUCUUCGUGUUACAAAAAAUCGUAACUCUGCAAAUACAAGGCGACGCCGAUGCAAUGAGGCCCACAUAUGAUAGUCUUGAAUCCUUUGUUAAACAAACAUUAGAAGCACUCAAGCGCGCCAAGUUGAAAGGUGAUGAAGUGGACAACUCAUUGAAGAAAUUCAUCAGUAAAUGGGAUAACUUAAAGAAAAUGUAUGCGGAUUUCUUUCGCUCAGUGGAAAGAGAGUUGUUAGUACGAAUUGAGUCCAACAUUCCAUCAUUUAUGGAUGAAUUAAAGCAUCUCUUUACACUGACGUGCUGUGACAGCUCCAGUAUUGCUUUGGAUCAGCUACCAGAUGUGGCUGCACUAGUUGAAGGCAGGAUUUUGGAAAUUUCUGAAUUUUUGGCCGUCAAAGCAGAGCGUAACAUUACAAUUGACGCUUACUUGGAAGACUUCCCUGGACUCAUUCAUUUUGUCUACGUUAACCGUACCACAGGCCUGAUGAUUGCUCCCGAUUUGCGUGCAAAUCAACUUAUUUCAAAGGAACGCCUAUGGUCAAUGGUUGCAUUCACACGCAAUUACUUGAAGAAAGGACACACCACUGUAAUGUGGAAGGAUAAAACUUUCAACUACUCGUAUUUUCUCUGGUUUGAGGACCAAUCGGGGGUGCCUAUGAAAUCAAUCGAUAUGCAACAACACAUGGUAGCUUCGGCAUUGUCCAGUAACGCUUUCAAAUCACAAUUUGAACCGGGUCUACUUGCCGCUGACUAUUACCAGCAGCUAGCUGAAGUUUGCUUCCCCAAGAUUACGCCUGGUAAAAUAAAAUGCUACGAACUGUUUUGUAUUCACUUGGGAUUAGUUACGUCAACUUGCGCUGUGGAGCAUUCUAGACGUCUUGUGGCAACUAUAGCUGAUUUGGCCGGUGAAAAUAAUUAAUAGAACUUAAAAUAUUACUCGUAAUUCAGUUCAAAUUGGCACAUUCCAAAGAUACUCAUUAGAUAAUUUUUUUUUUUACAA